AAUACUCCCAGCAGAAAAAUGCACAACACACUCGACAGAAGAGACUUAGCAUUGUUGAAGAAGAUGAAUAUGAUCCACAGAAUGGCGUUUUCUCUGACUGUGGUCGUCCUGGCUGCGUGGGCCUGCCUGGCAGAUGUGGCUCAUGCUGAAGAAAGGAUGAAAGGCUCUGUGUUAGCCUCCAGGACAGCAUCACUCCGCUCCAGGCGAAUGGUUGGUGGGAAACUGGCUCCUCAUGUGCCCUGGCAGGCCAUGGUCUACAUUGCUGAGAGCAUACUGGAUGGAGGUUAUGCAGGCGGUGCUCUCAUCUCUGACCGCUGGGUGUUGACGGCUGGAAGAAACCUUUUUGUUAGGAAGAGUCGGGAGGACAUUCAGGGACAGGAGCCUGUCAUCCCCAAAGUGUACCUGGGAAUUACAAAAAAGGAUGAUGCUAAAUCUUCCAAUGAGGUUGCUGUUGAGAAGGUUGUUCUCCAUCCAGGCUUUCAGAACCAGUCUGACUGGAACAACGACCUGGCUCUGAUCCAGCUGAAGCAGCCUGUCGUUAUAAAUGAUAAAGUGACCCCCAUCCCAUUACCAGAGAGAGGCCAGGACCUGGCCAAGGCUGUGCGUGGGUCAGGAAUUAUCACUGGAUGGGGCUGGGGACCCCUUCUCACCCCUUCUCCCUUUCUCAAACACAUCGUAGUCCCCCUGGCCAAUCACUCUGAGUGUAGGGCUGAAUAUGAAAGUCUUGCACUCACGCCAACUGUAGAUGAUGACAUGAUCUGCACUGCUGCCACAGAAUAUCAGGAGAAUGUCUGUUUUGGGGAUGCAGGUGGCGCUCUGGCUGUCACAGAUCCUGAAACUGGGGACAUAUAUGCUGCAGGGAUCCUUUCCUAUGAUAAAUCCUGCACUAGGUACAAGCACGCAGUGUAUAUGAAGCUUUCCUCGUAUUUGCCCUGGAUCCACAGCAUUAUGAGAGGAGAUACAGACACAUCAACUGCUGUGCGCUUUGAAGCAAUGUCUGCGAUGUACAAAAGGAAGUAGUAAUUUGGCUGUCCUUUAAGUGUUGAGGAGGUGUUUAAUCUGUGAUUUGUUUUUUUAAAGUGCUUGUGAAGUAACACCUGUUGUUUUGUAUCAUUUAAAUCUGUGAAGAGAGGGAAAAAUACACUGAAUACUUUUUUUAAAAAAGAAGAAGAAGGAACAGACAUUAAAAUGUACCACAGUAAAAGCAAUCUCUCUCCUUUCAUCUUGGACAGUGAUGUCAUAAAGCUCCUCAAAUAAAGGCUAUCUCAUCAUCAUCAUCAUCAUCUCAACUGUCAAUUAAUAUGUGUAGCCAUCAUUUACAUUACUGCCUUCUUGCAACUCGCUGAAAGUUGCGCUUGUUUCAUGCUCAUAGGAAACUGCACCUUUCUCUGUCAAACCAGUGUGUUUAUCUCCCGUUAAGACUCGACCUAAGGCUAAAAUGCUAGCAGAUUUUUUUCUGGAGGUUUGCACAUGUUCCUUGUGGAUAAAGCACUAGUAUUUCACCGUUAACUAAGGAGAGACCCGUAUACGAAGCCACUCUCAGCUUUUACUGCUCUGGGAUCAGUUAUGAUUGCUGCUUCAUAUGGAAACACAAUGACCAUUAGCAAGUAAACGAGCUUCAGUGAUAUAGCAUCGUAAACAAAGGAGUUUCAUCUUGCUAACCACUUUGUCCAACAUGUGUGAUGUAAAAUUUGAAAAAAUUGUUAAUAAUUCAUUUAAUACAUUAACAAAGAAAGCUCUGAUGAUGUGAGGUCUAAUAAAAUACAACAGAUCAGUUAUCAAA